CAGAGAGAGUGAUCCAGGGGGAAGCAGAGGGAAGCACAAAGGCAGCGGCAAAGGAUUGUUCUAGCAGAAGAAAGGCAGGAAAAUAACCAGUGGCUGAUUGCCUGACAUCCCAAAGCAAUGGGUUUGUUAGAUUGCUGUGCAAGAUGUCUUGUUGGGGCACCCUUUGCCUCACUGGUUGCCACUGGGUUGUGUUUCUUGGGGGUAGCACUCUUUUGUGGCUGUGGGCAUGAAGCACUCACUGGCACAGAGCAUCUGAUCGAGACCUACUUCUCCAAAAACUAUCAGGAUUAUGAGUUUCUUAUUGAUGUGAUCCAUGACUUCCAAUAUGCUAUUUAUGGGGUUGCUGCUUUCUUUUUCCUCUUUGGAGCCCUCCUGCUGGCCGAAGGCUUUUACACCACCGGCGCUGUCAGGCAGAUCUUUGGCGACUACAAGACCACCAUCUGUGGCAAGGGCCUCAGCGCUACGGUAACAGGGGGCCACAAGGGGAGGGGUUCCAGAGGACACCGUCAAGCUCACUCUUUGGAGCUGGUGUGUCACUGUUUGGGAAAAUGGCUAGGACAUCCCGACAAGUUUGUGGGCAUAACUUACGUCUUGGCCAUCAUCUGGCUCCUGGUCCUGGCCUGCUCUGCUGUCCCUGUCUACAUCUACUUUAGCACCUGGACAACAUGCAACUCCAUUGCAAAUCCCAGCAAGACUUCAGCCAGUAUUGGCAAUCUAUGCACUGAUGCCAGGAUGUAUGGUGUCCUGCCCUGGAACGCCUCUCCAGGAAGAGUGUGUGGGCAAAGCCUUCUUUCCAUCUGCAAGACAGCUGAGUUCCAGAUGACUUUCCACCUGUUCAUUGCAGCAUUUGUUGGGGCUGCCAUCACAUUGGUGGCACUGCUCACUUUCAUCAUCGCAGCCACCUACAACUUUGCGGUCCUCAAGCUCAUGGGCCGAGGCACAAAGUUCUAAACGCCAAGGGAGCUGAUGCCACAUUUACAAGACACCCUUCCUCCCUUAACGGCAGGCUUUAACCUGAUGCAGUCACAUUACGCCAAGCCUCCUUCUCUAACUCUGCCGAUUUCCCUCCUCUUCCUCUGCUAUUUGAUGCCGAGUAUGUGGCAAAGGAGGAGAGAACCACACCCAGCAGCAGAGAGCUCUUCAUGCCCUUUACUAUCCAUGUACAUCUGAUGUUAUCUGGCCUCACAGCAAAAAGAGAGCUCUGCAAAAUGAAAGGGAUUUCCUGCCAUCAGUUUGCAAGAAAAAGAGCAGCUAAUUUACUCCAGGUUUUCUGCUGCCAGAUAUGAAGGAUGGAAUCAUGCUUGUUGUCUACUAAGGUGGCAGGGUGAUGUUGUUACAGAGAAAGGAAGGAAGAACUUGAAGCUUGCUAGAGACUCUUCUUGAUGCCACAGAAAAUAGGAAUUCCAUCAAUGUUUGAAGAAGUGAUAGAGGAUACAAGAAUGAAACAAACCUUUAUAGGAUCCUGCCCGCCACUGCCCGGGCAACGGGGUUAAGAGCAAGGAUCUUCCUGACAUAGGAAGAGAGCACUGACCCCAACCCUACUCCAAUGCUGACAGAAUGCUGACAUUCCUCCUUCCCCUAACCCAACCAAUCCUAUUGAAAGCAUUUAAGGAGCUUGGCGCCCCUAUAGUGAAGGGGGCCUCUUGUCUUCAUACUUUGACAGAGAAGAGCCAGGCUGCUCUUCAUGCUUCCUCUGUGCUGCCAUGUUGUUAACCAGAUGUUGGUAUUAUCUUAAGGGCAUCUGUAAUAACCAGUAGCUUGAGUGUGUAAUGCUAGAGGCUCCUUUGCUGUACGUGGGAUAACCCUUUCGGACCGCACAUCUGUGCCUUUCCUUUUGUAACCAGCUGUGGAACUGAACUUUCUCCAACCUUCACAAUGGUGCUCUUUUCUCCAAGUGACAUUUGCUUCCAUAUAUUCUAUGUGCAAAUGAUUUUUUGCAGAAUCUUAAUAUUUGUUCUUUUGGUUCUUGUUCCUAUUUGCUGUCUUGGGCAAGCUGCAGACACUUGCCACAAACCUGUCUGAUAUUUGGAGUCUCCUGGCAUUGUACAGUCAAAUUGAGAGAGAUCAACAAACAGAAGAGCGUAGAACAUUCUGGGGAAGCUAAUUUUUAGAACAUUUAAAUGAGUUGGUGACUGUGCAGAACCUCAUGAGGUUCCUUAAAGGUAUGCCAAAUAAGAAUCUGAAAGCCAAAAAUGCAUGUUUUUUUAAAAAAAACUGGAGACACCAACAUAGGACUGGGACUUCAUUAUGUCACUGUGCAAAGAGAACCAGCCAACAGGUCACCUCUGAGAGCGAUACACCCAAAACAUCAGGAAGCAAAUGGUCCAUGACCACUCAGACUUCAUUGUUCCAGCCCUAACUUGCACUACUUGAGCACAAGUAGAGAGAUUGGUGCUUAUUUACCAGGAAAACCAAGAUCCCAGUGGCAGACUGCAGGGAUGUUAGAAAGGAGGAGGAUAGGCCAAGAUAGUCCUGCUGAGCAGGAAGGCUGGUCUAGAUCAAAUUGGCUAGGCCGUCAACACACACAGGGCAGGGGAAGAGGUAUGAACAGGGUGGGAAGGGGUGGGACAAGAAGCUAGUCAAGAGCAGGACAAGUGAAGCCAUUCAUAUUUUGUAUUUCAUUUUGAUUUUGCUAACACACAACCAGCGCCCAUGUCCGCCCCGCCCUCUCACUCUCCCCAAGAAAUACAGGAAAAAAUAGUUAAUAAGCUGAAAGUGUUUUCAUCAUUCUGAUUUUGAAUUUCAACUUUUUAACAAAGCAUUAAAGAUCAUGUUUUUAGAGACUUACCCUUAUAAGGUGUAUUUUAUAAAAUUAAAGAAAAUAAAAUCCAAGAAUGUGUGAAUACACACACACAUUUUGCUUG